CACAGUCCAAUCCUACCUACACAAUGGCACCACCUGGGCGACGAAAAGUCGGCGGACCUGCUCCAAGAGUUGGCUUCCAGAGACCUCGCCAACUCAAACGCAAGCGAGAAGAAGAAGACCUUGACGUCUUGACCAAGCGAGUUGCGGAACUUGACCCCAAAUCUUCAACACCACCCGAGAACCUCGUUGACCUCCCUCUGUCCCAAGCCACGCAAGAUGGUCUGUCGGCAUCCCACUUCAAGACCCUGACUACCAUCCAAAGUCGGACGAUCCCCCUAGCAUUGCAAGGCCUCGAUAUCCUUGGUGCCGCAAAAACGGGCUCUGGCAAGACCCUCGCUUUCCUCAUCCCCGUCCUAGAAAACCUCUAUCGCAAAAGAUGGACCGAAUACGAUGGGGUUGGUGCCCUCAUCCUUUCUCCCACCCGCGAACUGGCAAUCCAAAUCUUCGAAGUCCUCCGCAAGGUCGGUCGCAACCACACCUUCUCAGCAGGCCUGGUCAUCGGAGGCAAAAGUCUAAAAGAAGAACGAGAGCGCCUGAGCCGAAUGAACAUUCUCGUAGCAACCCCGGGCCGUAUGCUACAACAUAUGGAUCAGACCGCUGAAUUGGACAUCGGCAACCUCCAAAUUCUGGUGCUUGACGAAGCCGACCGCAUCAUGGACAUGGGCUUCCGACAGACCAUCGACGCCCUGGUCGAGCACCUCCCACCGAGCCGCCAGACCCUCUUGUUCAGUGCAACCCAAACCAAAAAGGUCUCCGACCUCGCUCGUCUCAGCCUGAAAGAACCCGAGUUCGUCUCCGUCCACGAAGCAGCCGACAGCGCAACCCCUUCGACCCUGCAACAGAACUACGUCCUGUCUCCUCUCGCUGAGAAACUCGACACGCUAUGGUCGUUCAUCCGUGCCAACACCAAGAAGAAAAUCCUCGUCUUCUUCAGCUCCGGCAAACAAGUCCGCUUCGUCUAUGAAUCUUUCCGACACCUUCAGCCAGGUAUCACCUUGCUCCACCUGCACGGCCGCCAGAAACAGACAGCACGCCUGGACAUCACAACUAAAUACUCCAACAGCAAAUACGCCUGCCUUUUCUCAACCGACGUCGCCGCCCGAGGCCUCGACUUCCCCUCCGUCGACUGGGUGGUGCAAGUCGACUGCCCUGAAGACGCAGAUACAUACAUCCACCGCGUGGGCCGUACAGCACGGUACGAACGCGACGGCCGGGCGGUGCUCUUCGUCGACCCAAGCGAAGAGGAAGGCAUGCUCGCGGCUCUCGAGAAGAAGAAAGUGACUCUUGAAAAGAUCAAUGUGCGCCAGAAGAAAAUGCAAAACACUAUCCGCAAUCAAUUGCAGAACAUGUGCUUCAAGGACCCCGAACUCAAAUACCUCGGCCAGAAGGCAUUCGUCAGUUACGUACGAAGCGUGCACGUCCAAAAGGACAAGAAUACCUUCGACCUGAAGAAACUCGAUCUAGAGGGCUUUGCGGCGAGUUUGGGCCUCCCAGGGGCCCCGCGCGUAAAAUUUGUGAAAGGCGAGGAUGCAAAGGCUAGGAAGAACAUGCCGAGACAACUGCUUGCCGCGUUGGAGGGCAGCGACACCAGCGGUGACGAAGGCGCGGACGGCGAAAAGACCAGACAGAAACAAAAAGCGGUCAGAACGAAGUACGAUCGCAUGUUCGAACGACAGAAUCAGGACGUCCUGGCCGAACAUUACACAAAACUCAUUGAAGAUGACGAGGACGAGGAUGAACACGAAUCAGACUCCAAACCACGAACCAACGACACCGCCGCCGAUAAGGACGACGUGAACGAUUUCCUCUCCGUCAAACGCCGUUUCGAAGCUGGCGACGCCGCUCUCGACCACAACUCCCCCAACGACACCGACUCUUCCAACCGCGAAUCUUCCAAUGAUGACAAACACCCCUCGACUUCGGCUCGAGAGAUCAGAGCACUCAAACUGUCCGACAAAGCCGAGCCCCUAAUCAUCGACUCGAACCGGCGCGAAAAACUCUUGUCCUCGCGCAAGAAACUCCUCAAAUACAAGGGCCGCGGCGCGCACCUCACGUUCGACAGCGACUCCGACACACCCAAGGACCGCAAAGCGUACCGCGACGAGAGCACCUUUGGUCCCGACGCGGCGCAGAAGGAGAAGGAAGAAUUCCUCGACCGCGAGCGCGAACGCGCCAAGGAGAUGGACGAAGUCGACAAGGAGAUCGCCCGGCAGAAGAGGCGAGAGAAGAAGGAGAAGCGCAAGGAAAGAGAGCGGGAACAGCGCGCCCAGGAGGAGGCGGAGCGGUUGGGUGACGGCGCCGAUGAAGGCGUGCAACUUGCGCCUUACGAGGAGGAUGAACAGCAAUAUGAAGAACGAGGCGACGAACCUCCACGGAAGAGGCCGAAAAAAUGGUUUGAAGAUGCGUCGGCGUCGGACGAGGACGAGGCAGCGGCAGCGGCAGCGACAGGCGACCGCAAGACGAAGACCAAAAAGAAGAAAGGUAAACGUCAGCCAACUGAUGUGGAAGAUGAACAGCCACGGACGCUGGAGGAUCUCGAAGCCAUGGCAUCUGGUCUGCUUGCGAACGACUAGUUACCUAGGGAGUUCACGUAACCAGCUUCUAUAGACCUUGGAACGUCCCAUCGUCCAUCGUCCAUCGUCCAUCCUCAUAGCUCCCAAUAGAAUGGUGCAAGUGGAGCGCAGCGUCCUUCUUUUUCUUCCUCAUCCUCUAGCUAGCCAGCAUCGAGACGAGACACAUGAGAUCUCAAGUCUAGGUAGCCUGCUUGUGCGACGGAUCAGAGAAUAUCGUGUUAAAGGACUGGUGACUCAGUCUAUACUGAAACUGAUUUGCGAGCUAGUCCCCGUAUAUACCUAGGUAUUGUUCCGAGCGGUCGAUGAACAUGAG